AUGCGAGUGAGUGAUUGGAUUAUACGCCAUAUACCAGAUAAACAGGCACUGGUCAGAGUGGCUGCCUCCUUCCUCUCUCGCUGCCCCUCGGGGAUCUCAACAACUGUACAAGGGGGUGCGAUUACUGCAGAGGAUGUGGACAAGGAGCCUUUAAAUAGCCGCUACCAAAACCUGAAGGCAUCAGAGCGAGCCAACUCUUCCCCCUGUAUUGGAAGUACUUUCCCCAUCCCCUCUCCACUGCUGAAUCCCACCUGGGGGGACCCGAAGAGACUGGUGCACCUGUACACUUCUUCAGACAAGAGAAGCGUUCACUUGGCUAUCAACCCGGACGGGCAAGUGGACAGAACACCUAUCCAGACUCCCAGCAGUGCAAUGCUAUUAAAGUCGGAUGGAAUCGGUCUUGUGGCGAUCAUGGGUGUGAAGAGCGAACGCUACCUGUGUAUGGAUGCAAACGGAAAGGCUUUUAGCUCAGCUGUCUUCAACAUAGAGUACUGCUUGUUCCAGCACGAGCGCUUGGAAAACGGAUACGACGUAUAUCAUUCAUCUAAGAGCAACCUGGUGCUCAACCUUGGUGGCAGGGCUCACACCUACAUUCCUGGCGGGAACCUGCCUCCUUAUUCCCAGUUCAUAUCUCUGGUGAACACAGUCGAACUAGAACAUUUUGUGCGCAGACGGAGCACCAGUAUCCAUGUGGACCCUUCAGACCCCUUCGGGAUGUUUACCGCCAACAGCCAACCUGCCACGGGAGAGGACUCUGUGGAAACCCAGGCCUCCAGGGAAGUCCCAGCCCUGUCCAGAGAGCGCACAAGAUCAACGUACCACGAUGAGGUGGACCCCGAUGAUCCUUGGAGACUGCUAGAUCAUAAAACCAAUAGCAGCCCCCGCUACUCAGUGAGUUAA